AUGGCUCAUGGUAGGCGAGCUGAGGCUUUUUUAAUUCAACUACGCGAAACCGUGGUCGACGAGGAGAAACAUAGUAUAUCGUAUGGACAGCUUAUGCGGUGGCAGGGUGCCAUCAACGAAGAUGUAAAAGAAAUAUUUGAAGUAAACAAGCAGCUUAUCGAACGCGUUAAUAUAUUGGAGAAAUGUGAGACGGAUUCAAGCGAUUUACGUGCGUUGAGAGCCGAGUUUACCCGUGAUAUAAUCAAAGCAACGAAUGAAACUCACGAACUGAAGGAAAGCGUCGAAAACGAGGAUGAGCAUCAACUUAAGGUUCAGCCAUUAUUUAUUACAGUAGAUCCAGCUAGGGAUAGUCCUUCUGUCGUUGGAAAAUACAUUAAAGAAUUCUCCAACAAAAUAAUUGGAUUGUCUGGCUCAGUAGAUCAAAUUGCUAAAGCAUGCAAAGCUUAUAGAGUAUACUUCAGUAAUGGCCCUCCUGAUCAAGACAAUGAUUAUAUUGUGGAUCAUACAAUUAUAAUAUAUCUUAUUGACCCAGAUGGAGCUUUCGUUGAUUACUUUGGUCAGACACAUAACGCUGAGAGUAUUGUUAAUAGUGUUUUGAUGAGCAAAUUAAAGUAUGACAGAUUAAACGAUGACUCGAGUUGGUUGGAGUCUACUUUUAAAAGAAAGAUAUUACCAAAUGCGGCGUCAUGAAUGUAUGAACCGGUUUAAUUUAUUUUAAGUAAAGAAAUUUAGUGAAUAAGAGGUAUUCAUUUGUACAUAUUUAUGAAGAAAUUUAUAACGGUAAAAAAAUUAUAAAUGCUUUA